GCUAAUCCCCUUCCCCCCAUAGAACCCUAGUCUCGCUUGCGCUCGACCCCCCCACGGCAGCCUCUCCUCCUCCUCUCCUCCCUCGCCGUCGCCGUCGCCUUCGUCUCCGCCUCCAACCGGCGGCCGCGCCACCAGCUCGUCUCCUCCGAUGGCGACUGUGCCAGUUAACCCCAAGCCGUUCUUGCAAAACCUAACAGGGAAGAUGGUCAUCGUCAAGCUGAAAUGGGGCAUGGAGUACAAAGGAUAUCUUGUUUCAGUGGACUCCUACAUGAAUCUGCAGCUAAGUGGUACUGAGGAAUACAUUGAUGGGCAAUGCUCUGGAAAUUUGGGAGACAUACUGAUAAGAUGCAACAAUGUGAUGUAUCUCCGAGGUGUUCCAGAGGAGGACACGGACAUUCCAGAUGCGGCCUGAAGAGCACAUGGACUGUUCCUGGUUGAUGCUUGCUGUUCACUGCUGAAAAAGAACUUCCUAGUUCGUCUCCAUUUGCGCCUACUGGACUGUAUUACGUACAGGCGUUGAACUCAUGUUAACUCUAGUUCUGCAUCCUGGAUGAAUGAAUGAUUAACUUGCAUGUUUGAAACGGAUGAUUGCUUAUUGCUGAUUGGUCCUGAUCCUGCCGUUGGAUAUGUAUGGUUUGCUGUCUGAAUUGCAAUGAUCGUAUUUGUGCAAUUUGAACCAUAUUUGCUGAGUUCCUGAGCAUGGACUCAACAUACCCAGCAUGAAGGGAUAUUUCCGCUCCA